GAGUUAAAUAAUCAAAACAUUUCACAGCUGGGUUUGGUAGUGGUGGAGUUAUCGUAGUGCUUCUGGACUCGAAGAGUUAUUUCGAUGUGAAAAUGAUCCUCAAGUGGUGGAACUUGUGCCGGAGUCAAACGGUAUCGCAGAUAAAACGUAAUUUCACCGAUGGAAACAUUAUCAAGCUGCAGGAUCGGGGAUUUUUCAAGGAUGUUUUCCCGGCGGAGUCUGUUGACAAGGCCCGCAGCAUCCUGGGUGCCACACCGCAGACUAUAUACGCGGGGUUCGAUCCCACUGCUGACAGUCUCCACGUGGGGAAUCUGCUUGUGAUCAUAGGACUUCUGCACUCGCAACGGGCGGGUCACCAACCGAUCGCGCUGCUGGGUGGCGCAACCGGUCAAAUUGGUGACCCGAGCGGGCGGACGACCGAACGCAAAGUCAUGCUACAGGAAUCAAUGGAGCGGAACCUCACUUCCAUUGGGGGUCAAAUUAGGCGGAUUUUCGAAAAUCAUCAACAGUUUCUGUGGGCCAAGCGCGGUCAGAGCUUAGCUCUGAAACCGGUUAUGGUGGUAAACAACGCCGAUUGGUACCGGGGGAUGAAUGUUGUGGAAUUUGUUUCCAGCAUCGGGCGACACUUUCGGAUGGGAAAGAUGCUUUCGCUGACGUCCGUCCAGAGUCGUCUGCAGAGUGAGAGCGGGAUGAGUUUCACCGAGUUUACUUAUCAGAUCUUUCAAGCGUACGAUUGGGUACACUUACUCAAGGAGCAUAACUGUCGCUUUCAGCUGGGUGGAAGCGACCAGAUGGGGAACAUAACGGCCGGUCAUGAGCUGAUCUCGAGGGUUGCUAGGAAAGAGGUUUUUGGGCUCACAUUGCCACUGAUCACCAACGAAGAAGGGGAUAAAUUUGGCAAAUCCGCUGGCAACGCGGUUUGGUUGUCGAGUGAACGAACCUCGCCGUAUGGACUGUAUCAAUUUUUCGUCCGAACGCCGGACUCCGAGGUGGAGAAGUUGCUCAUGUUGUUGACCUUCGUGCCGCUGGACGAAAUCCGAAGUAUAAUGGCGAUGCACCGUCGUACACCAGAACUGUGGGCAGCACAGAAGAGGUUAGCCCAGGAGUUGACUCUGUUGGUUCAUGGUGAGGAAGGUUUGAAGAGGGCGGAGGACAUCAGCAGUGCCCUGUACGGUGGCAAUGUGGAAGCUUUGGGAGAACUAGAGAUGAGGGAUAUCUCGCAAACGUUUGGAGGUGCACCCCAGGUGCAUAUCCUGGCGGAGCCUGGAAUGACCGUGCUGGACGUUGCCAUGAGGGCGAAGUGUUUUGCCACGCAAAAGGAUGCCACCCGCAUCAUCACCUCCGGAGGGUUCUCCAUAAAUUUGAAUAAAGCCAAAAAUGUGUCGGAAGUACUAGUUCCCGGAGUGCACAUCCUCAAAAAUGGCAUUUCGUUGCUGCGUGUUGGUAAGCGUAACUAUUACAUCGUUAAGUGGUUCACCUGAAAGUAAUUCAACGAUUAUUAAAGUGAAAACGUCAAAGAUGGUGAUUUAUUUAUCCGAAACUCUCAUUUAAACUAGGCUGACC